AUUAUGGAGCUGAGGACAAGAUGAAAUUUUGUUCGGAUUUUUAACCCUGAGGGUUAGCCACCCAGGAAAACUCAGUCAGUUCAUUGCUGGGGAUAUCUGUCUUAUUUCUACUGGGGUCCUUUAAUCUUGUCCCUUCAGGAUGCAACCUACAACAAUUGACUAACACUUACUUGCUGUUAGGUGAACAAAGGUAGUAGGAAACAUACUGUUUCCAUCGACUGGCAUAGGUAGCAGGCCAUGGGCAGUGCCGAUGCUGCAUGCAGCAGUAACUAGUGGGAGAGAGAGAGAGAGGUGGUAUGAGUGCCAUCCCAUCGAUGUGCCACCAACAGCAACAACCUGGUUAACCAAGGAAACACCAGAAAAACUUUGCCAUAGGAAGGGCUGUGGGAGUAGGAAAUCUUUCAAAACCAGUUACAAGUGCUUUGACAGUGAUGACAAGAGACUAAACUUGCAGCAAUGAGUGCAUUUGCAAGUAAAAAUGGGAGGGCGGUGCACCCUCAGUCACCUCCAUCAGGUGCAGCACCGGGAGGCAACACAGAAUUGGCCAGUUUGUUUGAGUGCCCAGUAUGUUUCGAUUAUGUGUUGCCACCAAUCCUUCAAUGCCAGAGUGGACAUUUAGUUUGUGCCAAUUGUCGCCCAAAGCUCACAUGCUGUCCAACAUGCAGAGGACCUUUAGGAAAUAUAAGAAAUUUGGCAAUGGAGAAAGUGGCAUCCACAGUAAUGUUCCCAUGCAAAUAUUCCUCCUCUGGUUGCUCUGCAACCCUCCUCCACACAGACAAAACGGAACAUGAAGACACAUGUGAGUUCCGUCCAUACAUGUGUCCAUGUCCUGGUGCUUCUUGUAAAUGGCAAGGAUCUUUAGAACAAGUUAUGCCACACCUUAUGAGUGCUCACAAGAGUAUUACCACAUUACAAGGUGAAGACAUUGUGUUCUUGGCAACAGAUAUCAAUUUACCAGGAGCAGUAGAUUGGGUUAUGAUGCAGAGCUGCUUUGGCCACCAUUUCAUGCUUGUAUUAGAGAAGCAAGAAAAAUAUGAUGGUCAUCAACAGUUUUUUGCCAUUGUACAACUCAUAGGCUCAAGAAAACAGGCUGAAAAUUUUGCAUACAGAUUAGAACUAAAUGGUCCUCGGCGAAGACUAACCUGGGAAGCCACUCCACGAUCCAUACAUGAGGGUGUCCAGUCAGCAAUCAUGAAUUCAGAUUGCCUAGUGUUUGAUACAUCUAUUGCCCAAUUAUUUGCAGAUAAUGGGAACCUUGGCAUUAAUGUAACAAUUUCCAUGUGCUGAAGAUCCCAUCUUAUGUGGAUAUAAGAGAUCACAAGAAGCUGCUGAUUCUGCUCAAAAUUUUUGAGGAUGUAAGGGGCAUCCUUGAUAAGUAUAAUGGAUUCAGCAUUUCCUUGAUGUUAAUCCAAGUACUGAUGGAGUGAGAGGAUGCCUUAAGAGGCAUUAGGGAGAUUUUGACACAGGUUAACAACUCAAUAUAUUUGAUGGUGGAAAGAGUUUUGUAUUGUGUCUAGAAAGUCCCCUCAGGGUUGAGUCUCCCCUUGGUGCCAUGUAAUUUAUGAAAGUUAAAUCCUUCAUGAAUCAUCAUGAGAUUAAACCAAGUACAAUAAAAAUUCAUUUUACCUACAUGGAUGUAAGAAUUCACUGUAUAUAGCAUUUUCAAAGGGAUUCGAAUGAAGGAGUAACAUUUUGCUUAUCAUCAUAUGCCUUGUAAGUACAUUUUAUUCAUUUUUGCAUCAUUAAGUUAUUUAAUGUCUGGUAAUUUCUUAGUGCACUGCAUUUUACUUAUACGUUGCACUUUAAACACUUUCUUAGUAAAUCUAUUUAAUAUAACCCUUUCUGUAAAAAUAUACCACAAUCUUUUCUUCCAUUUAUUUUUUCCCAUAUUCAGUGAGUAUAGAUCUUGCAGAAGUGGUCCGGAAUCAUCAUGUUAUAAAUUAAGACAUAGAUGUAUUAUUGAAUUAUAUAACUUUGUUCUUUUCUGGAGUGAAUAUUAUUGAUUCUGAGAAGGACUAAGAAUAUAAUUUACUUGUCACAUACAGCCAAAGUGUAUGCCAUAUUUGUUUAGUUAAAUGGGAUAAUGCAAUAGCACUUUGUUUAAUUAUUAUUUACAUAUGUCUCUUAUAGUUAAAUCAUGUUAUAUAAGCACACUUUUUUUUUUAAAUCUUCUCAUUUAAAUUUUCCAUGCAAAUUAAGGAAUACUAUUAUGAAUUGUUUUAUCUAUACAGUAUAUGCAACAUUAAAUUAUAGUUCCUUUAUUUUUGUUUCUCUUUCUUGGGGGAACUCCAAAACUAGUUUGAGUGAAUUUAUGUAAUUGAGAUCCAUGUAUUACAGUAGAUGACAGCAUUACAUGACUUCUUGUUUCUCAGCAACAGUUCCAAUAUAAUUUUGACAAGCUACAAUUUAGUACAUAUAAAACAUUAACAUGUAUAGUAAUGUAAGAAAUAGCCAUGCACUUAUAUUGCUAACUUUGCAGAAUAUAUGCAGCCUAUAUUUGAAAAGUUUGAACUAUACCAUUUCAUAUUAACAUAGAGAUUAUUGGCCUGUUAACAUUAUUAUUACCUAGUACAGGGCAACAUACCUUGGAAGCAAGUGGCAGGAAUGAAUAUGUGGGGUGGCAGGCCUCCAGCAGCAACACCCUGAUUGACCAGGCUAGCACCAGAAGAGCCUGGCCCAUGGCUGGGCUCCGGGAGUAGAAAGACUCUCGAAAUUCAUCAAAGGUAAGGUAUAUCAAAGGUGUACAUUUAAAUGUUGUAUUAACAAAGUGGAAAUUCAUCUUCAGCCCUCAACCAAAGUUAGCAGUUGUGAAUUCUCUAGCCAGCAGGUAAAAACAUAAGAAUAAUUUUUUUUUUUUUUUUUUUUUUUAACAAGUCAGCCGUCUCCCACCGAGGCAAGGUGACCUAUAAAGAAAGAAAAUCCCCAAAAAGAAAAUACUUUCAUCAUCAAUCAACACUUUCACCUCACUCACACAUAAUCACUGUUUUUGCAGAGGUGCUCAGAAUACAACAGUUUUGAAGCAUACAGUAUGUAUAAAGAUACACAACAUAUCCCUCCAAACUACCAAUAUCCCAAAUCCCUCCUUUAAAUUGCAGGCAUUGUACUUCCCAUUUCAAGUCCGGCUAUAUAAAAAUAACCGGUUUCCCUUAAUCCCUUCACUAAAUAUUACCCUGCUCACACUCCAACAGCUCGUCAGGUCCCAAAUACCAUUCAUCUCCAUUCACUCCUAUCUAACACGCUCAUGCACGCUUGCUGGAAGCCCAAGCCCCUUGUCCACAAAACCUCCUUUACCCCCCUCCCUCCAAGAGUGUUGGUACUACUAUACUUUCAUACAUUCCCUUCUUUGCCUCCAUAGAUAACGUUUUUUGUCUCCACAUAUACCUCAACGCACCACUCGCUUUUUUUUCCUUCAUCAGUUCUAUGAUUAACCUCAUCCUUCAAAAAAUCCAUCCGCUGACACAUCAACUUCCAAAUAUCUGAAAACAUUCACUUCUUCCAUACUCCUCCUCCCCAAUUUGAUAUCCAAUUUUUCUUUAUCUAAAUCAUUUGAUACCCUCAUCACCUCACUCUACCUUUACACACACUCCCGAACUCGUCCACUAACCUUUGCAAUUUUUCUUUAGAAUCUCCCAUAAGCACAGUAUCAUCAGCAAAAAGUAACUGUGUCAAUUCCCAUUUUGUAUUUGAUUCCCCAUAAUUUAAUCCCACCCCUCUUCCCAACACCCUAGCAUUUACUUCUUUUAUAACCCCAUCUAUAAAUAUAUUAACCAUGGUGACAUUACACAUCCCUGUCUAAGACCUACUUUUACCAGGAAGUAGUCUUCCUCUCUUCUACACACCCUAACCUGAGCCUCACUAUCCUCAUAAAAACUCUUUACAGCAUUUAGUAACUUACCACCUAUUCCAUAUACUUGCAACAUCUGUCACAUUGCUCUCCUAUCCACUCUAUCAUAUGCCUUUUCUAAAUCCAUAAAUGCAAUAAAAACUUCCCUACCUUUAUCUAAAUACUGUUCACAUAUAUGCUUCAAUGUAAACACUUGAUCCACACAUCCCCUACCCACUCUAAAACCUUGCUCAUCUGCAAUCCUACCUUCUGUCUUAAUUCUAAUUCUUUUAAUAAUAACCCUACCAUACACUUUCCCUUGUAUACUCAGUAAACUUAUUCCUCUAUAAUUUUUACAAUCUCUUUUGUCCCCCUUCCCUUUAUAUAAAGGGACUAUACAUACUCUGCCAGUUCCUAGGUACCUUCCCCUCUUUCAUACAUUCAUUAAACAAAAAUACCAACCACUCCAACACUAUAUCCCUCCCUGCUUUUAACAUUUCUGUCAUGAUCCUGUCAGUUUCAGCUGCUUUACCCCCUUAAAUUCUACAUAAUGCCUCACGCACCUCCCCCACACUCGCAUCUUGCUCUUCUUCACUCCUAAAAGAUGGUAUACCUCCCUGGCCAGUGCAUGAAAUUACCGCCUCCCUUUCUUCGUUGACAUUUAAAAGUUCCUCAAAAUAUUCUCACCAUCUACCCAAUACCUCCAUCUCCCCAUCUACUAACUCCCCUACUUUGUUUUUAACUGACAAAUCAUUCGUUCUCUAGGCUUUCUUAACUUGUUUAACUCACUCCAUAAUUUUUUCUUCUUUCUUUCUUUCUUUCAACACACCGGCCGUAUCCCACCGAGGCUGGGUGGCCCAAAAGGAAAAAUGAAAGUUUCUCCUUUUACAUUCGUAAUAUAUACAGGAGAAGAGGUUACUAGCCCCUUGCUCCCGGCAUUUUAGUUGCCUCUUACAACACGCAUGGCUUACGGAGGAAGAAUUCUGUUCCACUUCCCCAUGGAGAUAAGAGGAAAUAAAAAAGAAUAAGAACUAGAAAGAAAAUAGAAGAAAACCCAGAGGGGUGUGUAUAUAUGUGCUUGUACAUGUAUGUGUAGUGUGACCUAAGUGUAAGUAAAAGUAGCAAGACAUACCUGAAAUGUUGCAUGUUGAUGAGACAGAAAAAAGGACACCAGCAAUCCUACCAUCAUGUAAAACAAUUACAAGGCUUUUGUUUUACACUCACUUGGCAGGACGGUAGUACCUCCCUGGGCAGUUGCUGUCUACCAACCUACUACCUAUGAGAAUUUUUUCUUAUUUUCAUUAAAAUUUCUUGACAGUGCCUCUCCCACUCUAUCAUCUGCUCUCCUUUUGCACUCUCUCACCACUCUCUUCACCUUUCUUUUACUCUCCAUAUACUCAACUCUUCUUAUAACACUUCUGCUUUGUAAAAACCUCUCAUAAGCUACCUUUUUCUCUUUUAUCACACCCUUUUCUUCAUCAUUCCACCAAUCACUCCUCUUUCCUCCUGCACUCACCCUCCUAUAACCACAAACUUCUACCCCACAUUCUAAUACUGCAUUUUUAAAACUAUUCCAACCCUCUUCAACCCCCCACUACUCAUACUUGCACCAGCCCACCUUUCUGCCAAUAGUUGCUUAUAUCUCACCCGAACUUCCUCCUCCCUUAGUUUAUAAACUUUCACCUUCCUCUUACUUUUACACGUACUUAAGCUAAAAAAAUUUCAUAAAGUGGCAUGUCACUCACCUUGUAUGUCCUGCUGAGUCAUAAUUAUUUAUGACAUACUGUGGGGACCCGACUGACAAAGUGGAAGGACGUCCAAACAGUUGAGCUGAGGCUUAAAAUAGUGGCUGGUUGCAAAUUUGUAGCCUACAAAAUCUGUACUUAUAUAAGUUGUGCACAAACAAGCUUCUGUAUAUGUACACAUGCACAGUUUGAGAGUUAAUAUGCUGUUCAAAAAAGAAUAAAAAGCCAUAACACUGUGGCUAGAACAAUGCACAAAUAGCCUACAUUUAGGAAACUGAAACCUUUGACAAUGUUUUAAUCUCACUUGGACCAUUAACUUGUUUAAGGUCCAAGUUCGACCAGAACAUUGUUAUAGGUUUGUCUCCUAAGUGUAUAUUGCUGUUUAAAUCAGUUAAGUCAGAAAGGUGUGCUAGAGCAAUGUCUAUGAGUAGGAGUGCCUUUACUGGCAAAUUCAUUGACAUUAUAUAAAUCUUGAUUUUUCAGUACAGUGCAUUCACUGAAAUUUUCCUUGAAAACAGGUUCAUUGAUCUUGUUCUUAUUAGAUUUCAGAAAAAGAAUAGGCAAAUAACCGGUUUGCUUUGAACAGCACAGGGAUUCAGGGAAUAGUAAAAUAGCAUAGGCUUGAUCAUUCAGUCUUCCUUGGUAUUUGUACAGAGAAAGUUUAGCUAUUCUUUGGCCACCUUGGAAUAAGGAUCAUAUUUCUUCUUGAUUAUAUGUUCCUUAUAGCAUACCCAUCCAGAACAGGUCAGUCUCAUUGGUAUUCAAAACCUGUUUAGGCUUGUAUCAACUUUCUGCUGUUGCUUCCUUAACCCUUUUACUGUCUCCCACAUAGAUCUUUGUCAUUGAGGCCAGUUUUGCUUAUGAAUGGAGACGAAUGGUAUUUGGGACCUGACGAUAUGUUGGAGUGUGAGCAGGGUAAUAUUUAGUGAAGGGAUUCAGGGAAACCGGUUAUUUUUAUAUAGCCGGACUUGAGUCCUGGAAUUGGGAAGUGCAAUGCCUGCGCUCUAAAGGAGGGGUUUGGGGAUAUUAGCAGUUUGGAGGGAUAUGUUGUGUAUCUUUAUAUGUAUAUGCUUCUAAACUGUAGUGUUCUGAGCACCUCUGCAAAAUCAGUGAUUAUGUGUGAGUGAGGUGAAAGUGUUGAAUGAUGAUGAAAGUAUUUUCUUUUCGGAGAUUUUCUUUUUUUUUGGGUCACCCUGCCUCGGUGGGAGACGGCCGGCUUGUUGAAAAAAAAAAAUGUAUAUACGUCUUACGAGUCACCGUUUUUAACGUAUAUAUACUCACAAAUUCUAGCGGCUUUAAAUCGAGCAGGAGGAAGCUGGUAGACCCACAUGUGAGAGAAUGGGUCUGUGUGGUCAAUGUGCACCAUAUAAAAAAAAUCCUGCAGCACGCAGUGCAUAAUGAGAAAAAAAACUCCGACCGUUUUUUUUUUUAAUUAAAAUGCCAACUUUGUGGUCUAUUUUCGUAUAGUAUUUAUGGCUGUAUUCUCGUUUUCUUGGUCUCAUUUGAUAGAAUGGAAAACAUAUUAUAAAAUAGAGGUGAUUUUGAUUGGUUUUACUAUGAAAAGAACCUUGAAAUGGAGCUCAAAGUAGGGGAAAUGUUUGAUUUUUCCCGAUGUUCAAAAGUAAACAAAUGAUGUCAUUUUCUAAUAAAUGCCCAACUAGCCAUUCUAAUAUGCAGUCAUGAAUGGGUUCACAUUAUUUAUACAAUUAUUACAAUAUUGCAGUAGUCUGCAUAACAGUAAAUCUUCCAUUUUUUUUGUUUGAAUAAAAAUUCAAAAUAGAAAGCAGGAGUAAUAUCAGAGGGGCCUGGAGACGUGACUGAUGUACAAAGAAAAUGUUAUUUUAGAGCCAGGAAUGUCUGCAUUGUUCAUUCUGGACCCUAUUUUGAAAUUGUCAUAUUUUUUAAUUUUCGUGAAAUUGGCCAAAUUGCAAAUUUCUGACAACAUUAUUGGGUAGUUUAAAUUGGUAAAUGGGCAGUUUCUUGUACUCAAUCGAUAGAAAAAAUGGAGUUCUAAAAAAAUAGCUAUGAGUUUGUCGACUGGAACAAUGGAAUUAGCCGAAAAUAGGGCUCAAAGUGGGCGAAAUUGCCGAUUCAUAAAUAUCGCCGAGGCCGCUAACUUGGCAAGUGUAAUUUAAUUCUGUCAGUUUUCCAUCAAAUUUCAUUCUUUUGGUGUCAUUACAAUCGGGAAAAGAUUCUCCAUCAUUUCAUAAGUUUUUUUGCGACACCAGGAGACACCUCAGGAUUUGGGGUUGCAACAGUCGAGGGGUUAAUCACAGCACCCUCAAAUUCACUGUGAUUGGUAAAUUUUGGCCUAGACAUGAGAGAAUGGGUCUGUGUGGUGGGUGUGCAUGGAAUAAAAAGAAUUUUGCCUCGCACAGUUCAUGAUGGGAACAGCUAGUCUCCAAUCUUGUGUUUGUGUUUAAACAGAGAUUUUGAAAUUUUUUGAGGUGGUUUUCAUGGUUUUACUGGCUGUUUCCCCAGGUUCAGUUGAUAGACCAGAAGACAUACUAGUGAAAUGGAGACGAUUGUAGUCCGUUUCAGACUGAAAGUGUCCUGAAAUAAGUCCCAAAAUGGCAAAAACAUUCAGUUUUUGGUGAUUUUCCUGAGGAAGGGUAGGAGCCUCUCCCACCCACCAGUUUGUUUUAUGGAUUUGUGCUAAGUCUGCUUCAGUUACAGGGGGAGUCUAAACCUUGACCAUUCAUUGUUGGUUAUAUUUUAUUACUCGAGAAACAGGGAAAACUAUGACAUGUUUAGUGAUAAUGGAUUCAGUAUAGAGGGCAAGUGUUAUAUAAGAGAGGCCUCAAGACAUGAUUAUGAACAAAGGAAAGGUUGCUUUAGUUCCAGGAAUGCCUAAAGUGUUUAUUUUGAACUUUUGUUUUAGGGGGAAUUUGUUGGAUUUUAUGGAAAAUUGGCCAAAUUUCUGACUACUUUGCAUUUUAUAGGGCAGUUUCUUGUACUCAGAAAGAAUGGAAGAUAUACUAGUGACAUAGCCAGGAAUUUGGUCGCUUUAAGCAAUGGAAGUGUCCUAAAGCAGGCCUUGAAUUGGGUGAAAUAGCUGAUGCAUAAAUUACACCCAGACAGCCAACUUCACACCUACAUAAUUCUAUAAGUUUUACUUCAAAUUUUGAAUAUUUAGUAUCAUAACCCUCAGAAAAAGAUUCUCAACCAUUUUAGAUGAUAAAAUUAUUUAGAUUUUUUAAAUCACAACACUGACAGCCCUUUUAAUUUCAGGGGCCACGAGAAAAUUCUUCAUCUUCGUAAACAACUGAUGUGACUUCUUUUAUGCUCUUAACAGUGUGUAGGCCAUAUGUGCUUAACCCAGAUCUAGGUUGCUACAAAGAGCUGAGUACUAUUAGUGUACUUCUGCCUUCCCAAUUAGAUGAUAUGAUUUUAGCUCUAUCACUUGUAUUUGAAACAUCUGUUGGCAUAUUCUGUUGUUGUUGUUGGUUUUUGAUGUACACAUUGAGGCUAGUUUUUAGCUUUAACAGUAUUAGAAUCAAAGGUUUACAGGACCCCAAUCUUUUCCUAAUUAAACCAUGGAAUGGGUGGGGUUUUAACCCAUGGCAGGCAAGUCGUAAACCUCCAGCCCGUGUGUGGUUUGCUUUCAAGCAUAUUACCUUUCCAUAAUUUACAGUUCAUCCUUCUUAGUGCACCUCACUGUUGACUCAAUACUGUAUUACAAGAAUACCUGGUCAGUCAUACACAUGAUCAACAUUAAUCCUCGGUGGGAGAUGGCCGACUUGUUGGAAAAAAAAAAAAAUUACAAUCUCUUCAUCUUGGUUGGAGACUGACUUGCAUAUGAAAUGCAUGAUGGUUUGAGUAAUAUCCAAAGAAAUAUUGGCAAUGUUGGCUAGGCAUGUACAUGUAUCUAGAUUUACUACUGCCCACAAACAAUAGUAAAUCAACAAUUUAUCUAUUUUUGCUUAAAAUUAUUGUAUUCAUAUUUCAUAAGGAAAUGUGUGUAAUAUUGCACACCUCGAUAUUUGUAUUGCAUAUUACUGAACAAUACUAUAUAAGAAUAUUUAUGUAAUUAUUUUUGUAUGUUUCACUGCAGGCACUGUUAAUUUAUUGGGUGGUCUAGUUUUCCUUGUGCAUCAGUCAUAUAGCACCCUGUGAUGCCUGACUUAUGGCCCAAAGGAAACUGAAUUAUCACCUAAAAUCCAUAUGUGGGAAAAUGAAAUGAUCAUAGCUGACCUUUCAGCGAAAGACUAAAUCGUAUUUUUUUGUAUCAUAUGCAAAUAGCACUUAGAAAAUAACGCUUGUUUGUGUAUUUUUCGAUUAUGUUAAAGAAACACUUAAUCCUGGGAUAUUCUUUAAAUCAUACUAAAAUCAGUGUUUCCUGUAAUGUGCUUGCUGGCAUUUGGUUGUACAUGGGACAUUAUGAGACAUUAAUUUUAUUCGCAUUUAGUUACCAGAUAUAAAGGUUCAUAGUGUGGAAAUUAGGAGGAGGUGCUGGAUUGCUAAAACUAUUAUCCAGAGGGAUGAGGAGUUGUUGAGGUGGUUCGGACAUGUAGAGAGAAUGGAACAAAAUAGAAUAACUUCAAGAAUGUAUAAAUCUGUAGUGGAGGGAAGGUGGGGUAGGGGUCAGCCUAGGAAAAGUUGGAGGUAAGGGGGAAAGAAGGGGAUGUGUGCAAGGGGCUUUGACUUCCAGCAAGCAUGUGUGAGCAUGUUGGAUAGGAGCGAAUGGAAACAAAUGGUUUUUAGGACUUGAUGUGCUGUUGGAGUGUGAGCAAGAUAACAUUUAUGGAGGAAGUCAGGGAAACCAGCAGGCUGGACUUGGGUCCUGGAGAGGUGAAGUACAGUGCCUGCACUCUGAAGGAGGGGUGUUAAUGUUGCAAUUUUAUAAUUGUAGUGUAAGUGUGCCUCUUGCAAGACAGUGAUAGAGUGAAUGAUGAAAGUUUUUCUUUUUUGGGCCACCCUGCCUUAGAGAUUUUCAAAUUUUUUAGCCAAAGAAAUUAUCUUGAUAGGCUGUUUCUGGACCCAUUAAUUAAAUGGGAAAGGCAUUCCUGGGAAACUUCAUGCAAAUCAAAUUUACUCAAAAAAAAAAAAAAAAAAAAUUAUGUAAGCUUUUAACCCUUAAACUGUUCAAACAUAGAUCUACGUUUGUACCGCUAGUGCUCCAAACAUAGAUCUACAUUUUAUUUUUUCUGCCUUCAAAUUUGGCACGAGUGGCCUGAGCUGCCUGGUCAGUAUAGAAUGGGUCUUAACCCUCGGUGUGUGCAGUAUUAAAAAAUCUGGGACCACUUAGUACCUUGUGGGAGUACCAGUUCAAUUGAGCGCCAGCUAGAGCAAAUAGCGUGGCAAACACCAGGGAUUCACUGAUGCCAUGUUGUAUUAACACUUCCCUUUUAAGAGGAAAAUGAUGUUGACCCAGAGUUUAGUGGCUUUGAGAUGAAUGUGGCCACAAGUGAUCGAGGAAAUAUCAAAAGCCUGGAUAAUAACCCAUGUGCAACAUUUGUGUAACAUCCUUUCAUUUCUGAUACCGCUGGUAGUGUCAUCCUGCCAGAAUGUCCUAUAACUUAUGCCCUAAGAAAAGAGUAACGAUUCUGGAACGUGUAAUAUGUCUUUGGCAGGCCGAGUGGCUGGCUGGUGGGCCGGAUGACUGAUUGACUUUGGCUGUCUCUCUCUCUCUGUCUGUCUGUAUCUAUCUCUUCAUGUCUCUAUCUGUCUGUCUCUCCCUCACAUGUAUACAUAAAUAGUUAUUAUACAUAGUGUAAAUUGCCUAGGAUAAUCCAAAAAAAAUUCAGAAAGUGUUGUACUGUGCUUGUAGACAUACUCAUAAUAAACAUGACUGUCAAGUAAUACGCAUUUCACUUGUUCGGGAAUCAGACGUGGCUACUCUGCAUCGUGUGUAAUACCUGUUAGUUCAUGAGUGGCUCUCUGAGACAGAGAGAGAGAGAGAGACAAGCAGACAGAGACAGGAAGACAGACACACAGGCAAAGAGAAAGACUGAUAAGCAGACAGAGCUAGACACAGACAAACAAAUAGAAAUGUUUUUAUGUAACAGUGAAAACAAAGAAAGCGCACUAUCAUCAAGUGUCACUCAUUGCUGCACUGUCAGCAAUGGGGUGACACUCGUCUUACACAGUGCUGCUUCAAGGAGUUUCAUAUAUACUCCAACAUGUCUAAAACAUUGCUGGGACCUAUAAAUACUAUGUAUAUAUUUCUGGACAAUAGUAGGUGACCAAGGCAGGUGAAAAUGUUCAUAUGUCAGUGUGUUUGUGACUAUAUGAGUACUGUUUGAGUAUCUAAUAUUAGUGUCAGAACAAACAUUGGCUAUGGAAUCACAAGAACUACUACAAUUUGUAAUUAUCAGAACAAAAAAAUUAUAAAAAUAAAAAAGAAAAAAGAGAAAAAAAGAUAUAUGGGCAACACAAGCGGCAGGACUCCAUGUUGCCGUCAGGUAAGCAUCCAGCGCCAACUUUGCGGUCUUAUAUCUUGGUAAGUACUGCCCCCCCCCCCUUUUUUUUUUUUUUUUUUUUUUCUUUUUACACAGAAAAUUGCUCUCUUUAAUUUAAAAAAAAAAAAUCCAAAAUAUUCCCAGCGUUGGCAGUGAAAACGUAGAUCUACAUUUGGGCAAUUUAAGGGUUAAAAAAAAAAGUACAUCAACAAUAAUUUCCCACAUUGUAGGGUAAUGCAAAGAAAAAAGCACACCAUCUCUUGUGCCCUAGUUGCAUUUCCAUAAGUGCACAAACAUGAUCCACUGAUGACCCAUCAAACUAGAAUAUUCCAUCUGAUUUGCACAGUUCUGGCACCCCCAAAACUCAAGCUUAACUAACUAGUUUUCCUCUAUUCCAAAGAACUCUCCUCCACUCACUAAUCUAACAUGCUUGCACAUAAGUCUGCUGGAUGUUCAAGCCACUACCUCUAAAUAUCAUCUUCCACUCCCUCCUUCCAAUCCUUCCUUGGGCAUCUACACUUCUUCCUCCUUCCUUGACUUCAAUUUAUUUUUUUAAAUCUGGCCGUCUUUCACUGAGGUAGGGUAACCCCCCCCCCCUUCAAAAAAAAAAAAAAGUAGGGAACGCAUGAACUUUCAUUCAUUUAAACACUGUCCUGUGAGAAGCAUACUAGCAUCAGGGUUAAGAUAACUCUCCAAACUGUAGCAUCCUCACCCCUCUCAAAUUUGUAAACCUUGAUCAACUUAUCAUGCUCUUUCCUUGCUGUAUUGUCAAACUACCUCAGCCCCCUUAACAUACUUUGGAUUAUACCUUUCAUGCCACCUCCCAGUCUUAUUUUAUUCCCACUCCACACUACAUGUUUUGCAAAACAACCACUGUGAAAAAAUAGUGAAAUUCCAUGCUAUUUCAUGAUUUUUCACAUUAUCAAGAAAUCAUGAAAGCACUUGGAAUUUAACUAUUUUUUCACUGUGGUUGUUCUGCACAUCGUAAUAUCACCUGUUUUACUGUGAUCUUAUUGCACUAUUUUUUUUUUCUUUUCUUUUCUCUCCAACACAACCAUCGUCUCCCACUGAGGCAGGGUGACCCAAAAAGAAAGAAAAUCCCCAAAAAGAAAAAUACUUUCAUCAUUCAACACUUUAACCUCUCUCAUACAUAAUCACUGUCUUCGCAGAGGCGCUCAGAUAUGACUGUUUAGAAAAUAUAUAUUCCCCUCCAGACUGCCAAUAUCCCAAACCCCUCCUGUAAAGUGCAGGCAUUGUACUUCCCAUUUCCAGGACUCGAGUCCGGCUAACCGGUUUCCUUGAAUCCCUUCACAAAAUAUUACCCUGCUCACACUCCAACAGCUCGUCAGGUCCCAAAAACCAUUUGUCUCUUUUCACUUCUAUCUAAUAUGCUCACACACACAUUAUUUAACACUGGCUGUCUCCUCCUUGUUAUUAAUAUGAGACCAAAGAGAAAAUUAAGUAAAAAGAGUAAAAAGCUGUAUUGAAGUAAUACAGUUAAAUUUGUGUAAUUACAUACAUAGAACACUUAACUCUGAUAUUAACCCUCCCCUCAAACAUCUCCUUGCCAACCUCAACAGAACACAUGACCAUAACACAAGGCACAGAUCACUCUUUGAUGUUCCUCGUGUCCAUCUCACGCUAUGCAAAAACUCAAUGCACAUAAAAGGCCCUAAAA